CCUUCGCACAGUCUCCUUCCCCCCCUUCCCUCGCGUCAUGACGGCCGCAUCUGCACAACCCCUCCCCCUCCGGCUCGAGUUCGCCACGGUCGAGGAUGCCCCCGAGCUGACGCGGCUGUGGUACAACGCCUUCAACACCCCCGCCCUGCUGGCCAUCUGGCCCGACACCCCCGGCGUGCGCCAGUGGUGGGAGGAGACCAUGCGCCACGACAUGCAGCACCAGCCGCGUGAACGGUACCUCAAGGUGGUCGACCCCCAGAGCGGACGCAUCGCGGCCUUUGCCAAGUGGUCGCUGCAGUCGGCGGAGGAACGAGGCCCCCGCUGGCCCGCCUGGCAUCCCGACAUGGACCCUGCCCGCUGCGAUGCCUUCCUCCAGAACCUCGAGGCGAACCGCGCCCGUCUCGUCGGCGAUGCACGACGCAACUUCUAUCUCGAUAUGCUGGCGACCCACACCGACUUCCGGCGGAGGGGCGCCGCCCGCCUGCUGCUGGAAUGGGGUUGUCAGGAGGCCGACCAGGCCAAUGUCCCCGCCUACAUCGACGCGAGCGACGAGGGCCGGGUGGUGUAUGAGCUGUACGGGUUCGUGGCGCUGGCCACGCAGCCGGGGAUCGCCUCCAUGGUGAGGGAACCCCGACCGAAGGAGGUUUGACCCGGUCUGUAUAUAGAGUCUCCGAACAUAGCCGACAAAUGCAGCCAUGAA